GCGGAGCGGCGGGGCUGUGGGGAGCGAAGCGGGGACCCUGCGCGCCCCCUGCCCCGGCCAGACGCCCCCGCCGGCCCCGGAACUUCACGCCCGCUGCGGCUUAUAAGCCAAGAAAAUAAAUCAAAAUGGCAAGUGGCAAGCUUCAAACACACACAGGUCAAACAAAGUUGGUCCGAAUGCUCAAAGGAUUCCAAGGCAGCAGGAUUCUGGCACCAAAGCUGGUCUCAGAAGAGGAAGCCAACAAAAUGCCCAGCCCCUCCGAAUUCCUGAAGGAAAUGUCCCUCUCCACAGAAGAGCGCCUCUCUUCGACUCGAGUGAUGUGCCGACCACAGAUCACCGAGCUUUUGGAUAUGGGAGAAACCACUCAUCAAAAGUACUCAACAGUUGAUCUGGAUCAGACCUUAUUCCAGCCCUUCCCAUCGGAGAUUGUAUUUCAGAACUAUGAUGCCUGUGAAGUCUUAGAAGUACCACUGAUUCUUAGGAACAAUGACAAAAUUCCAAGAUUGGUGAAAAUUGUUGAGGAAAGUUCCCCUUACUUCAAAGUCAUCAGCCCCAAUGAUAUUUGUAAUAAAGUAGCCCCAGGGGUGCCAUCUACAUUCCGGAUCCUCUUCACUCCAGAAGAGAACAAGGAUUAUUCCCACGUGCUGACCUGUGUGACCGAGAGAGAAAAGUUCAUCGUGCCCAUUAAGGCUCGGGGCGCUCGCGCCAUCCUGGAUUUUCCCGACGAGCUGAACUUUGGCAUUUGUCCCGUCAAAUACAGCACCCAGAAGAUUCUGCUGGUCCGGAAUAUUGGCAACAGGGAGGCUGUGUUUCAUAUCCAGAUCCGGAGGUAGGUGGGCCUGGGCCCCAUGAUGGAUCACAGCUCCCCAGUCAGCACCCCCGGGCUGCCAGCAGAGUAAUACAGCCGAUUGCUUCCUUACCGAUUCUAAUUAGACAUCUCUCCCAGCCUCAGCUAAUAGG